AUGCAGGAUGCGGCGCCGGUGUUGCGCGCGCGGAUUAGCGACGUGAGCAUGCUCACGUCGAUGGUACGCGCAGUAAACUUUGCGUCGUUUGCUACCGUGUCCAUCUCGGCAUCUGGCCUGGAGCUUGUCUCGGAGGCGAACCAGUCGGUACAGGCGCAUGCAUAUCUCUACGCGUCGAUCUUUGACGAGUACACGUUUGCCGCGCCGUCCAACUGGCGCACGCUCGCACCUACCGACACGGAAGAUACGUGGAGUGACGAAGAGGACGAUGCGCUGCAGCCGUACAUAUGCUUCGAGACGAACUUGAGCACGGUGGCGACAUGCCUCGCACUCUUUGCGUCGCGCAUCCAAAACGCCCAGCAUGCGCGCCCAAGCGCACACUCGGAUCCACUGCGCACAAGCACUCGAACUGAGAUAGAGAUUGUCUAUCCCAAUGUCGGCGAGCCGCUGUGCUUGAAAAUGCAGCAGAAUAAUGUCCAGAUGCGGUUCCGGCUUCGCACGUUGGACGCGCAUGUCGUCUCGGGCCUCGAGUUUGACGUGGUGCAUAUGACGGCACAGGUGAUCAUGCACUCGGAGUGGCUUGCACAUGCAUUCCAGGAGAUCGAAGGAGAGGGCGAUGGAAGCGUGCGUAUUCAGUUCCUGCCCCCGGGCGCCGCCAGCGGCGCACUGCAGCUGAGCACGCAAGGGCCUUAUGGGAGCACGGAAAUCUCCUUUCCCGAAGAUAGCCAUAUCACGGAAAAGUUUGAGUGCUGCGAGGUGGUUGAUCAUGGGUACCCCCUCUUGUGCGUCGGCUUCAUGCUGCAGGCGCUGCGGUCGUCUGUAAAGACAUCGAUGCGCAACGACGUGCAUGGAAUGCUCAGCGUCCAAUUUAUGAUUGCCGGCCAGCGCGCACAGCUUGUGCCGCAAAUGCGGGGUGCAACGGCGGGCAGUGUAGCAUCGUCGGGGCACGCGUUUGUCGAGUUUUUGUGCUGCCCUUUGGUCGACAACUAG